GGACCGGAGCGCGCCGUCGCGGCCAGCGGACGGGGUUCGGUGGUCUGGGAAACGAAACUUGAGGGACGCGGCCGAGGCUCUGCCGGUGGCCGGAGCGGGCCGGGCCAGACGGUAGCGACGGCGACAGUAUCGGCCUGACGCCCCCUGUGCGAUCCCGGGCACCUCGCCCUCUCCCCUCAGCUAACAAUGAAGAGGAGAACAGACCCAGAAUGCACUGCUCCCAUCAAGAAACAGAAAAAAAGAGUUGCAGAGUUUGCCCUGAACCUCAGCUCCACGUCUGAUGAUCAGCCGCCCUCUGUCAAUCAUGCAGUGAAAGCAUCGGUUACAAGCCUUAGUGAGUCUGACAGUGAGACUGAAGGGAAGCAGCCCGGCUCCACCUCUUCGGACGAUGCAUUCAAAGCAGACUCCCUGGUGGAGGGAACAUCUUCCCGCUACUCUAUGUAUAAUAGUUUCUCCCAGAAGCUCAUGGCCAAGAUGGGAUUCAGGGAAGGCGAAGGACUGGGCAAAUACAGUCAGGGUCGGAAGGACAUCGUCGAGGCCUCUAAUCAGAAAGGUCGAAGAGGCUUGGGUCUGACCCUGCAGGGCUUUGAUCAGGAGCUGAACGUGGACUGGCGGGAUGAGCCAGAGCCCAGUGCCUGUGAACAGGUAUCAUGGUUCCCAGAAUGUACCACUGAAAUUCCUGACACUCAAGAAAUGAGUGAUUGGAUGGUUGUGGGAGAGAGAAAGAUGGUUAUUGAAGAUGAAACAGAGUUUUGUGGAGAAGAGCUGCUUCACAGUGUGCUACAGUGUAAGAGUGUGUUUGACAUCCUGGAUGGAGAGGAGAUGCGACGAGCUCGGACCAGGGCCAAUCCCUAUGAGAUGAUCCGAGGAGUCUUCUUCCUCAACAGGGCAGCGAUGAAGAUGGCUAACAUGGAUUUUGUGUUCGAUCGCAUGUUUACAAAUCCUCGGGACUCUUAUGGGAAGCAACUAGUGAAGGACCGGGAGCCUGAGCUUCUCUACUUUGCUGAUGUCUGCGCAGGCCCGGGAGGCUUCUCAGAGUAUGUGCUGUGGAGGAAGAAAUGGCAUGCGAAGGGCUUCGGGAUGACUCUGAAGGGGCCUAAUGACUUCAAACUGGAGGACUUCUACUCAGCCUCCAGUGAGCUCUUCGAGCCCUAUUACGGUGAGGGUGGGAUUGAUGGAGAUGGAGAUAUCACCCGGCCGGAGAAUAUCACUGCAUUUCGGAAUUUUGUCCUGGAUAACACAGAUCGAAAGGGAGUCCACUUCCUGAUGGCUGACGGGGGUUUCUCUGUGGAGGAGCAGGAGAACUUGCAGGAAAUCCUCAGCAAGCAGCUGCUGCUGUGUCAGUUCCUCAUGGCGCUGUCUGUUGUCCGUACAGGAGGCCACUUCAUCUGUAAAACGUUUGACCUCUUCACACCAUUCAGUGUGGGGCUUGUCUACCUGCUCUACUGCUGCUUUGAACGAGUAUGUCUCUUCAAGCCCAUUACAAGCCGUCCUGCCAACUCAGAACGGUAUGUGGUGUGCAAAGGCCUGAAAGUGGGUAUAGAUGAUGUGCGAGAAUACCUCUUCUCAGUGAAUAUUAAACUCAACCAGCUGCGGAACACCGACUCCGAUGUCAACCUUGUGGUCCCCUUAAUGGUGAUCAAGAGAGACCAUGAAUUUACUGACUACAUGAUACGGUCGAACGAGAGCCACUGUAGUCUGCAGAUCAAAGCUCUGGCCAAAAUCCAUGCCUUUGUUCAAGACACGACCCUGAGUGAGCCUCGGCAAGCAGAAAUCCGGAAAGAGUGCCUCCGACUGUGGGAUAUCCCAGACCAGGCUCGAGUUGCUCCUUCUUCCUCGGACCCCAAAUCAAAGUUCUUUGAGUUAAUUCAGGGCACUGAGAUCGACAUCUUCAGCUACAAGCCCACGUUGCUCACCUCCAAAACCCUGGAGAAGAUCCGGCCUGUGUUUGACUAUCGCUGCAUGGUGUCUGGCAGUGAACAGAAGUUCCUCCUUGGCCUGGGGAAGUCCCAGAUCUACACAUGGGAUGGCCGCCAGUCAGACCGCUGGGUAAAGCUGGACCUGAAGACAGAGCUACCUCGGGACACUCUGCUCUCUGUGGAAAUCGUGCAUGAGCUGAAAGGGGAGGGGAAGGCCCAGCGGAAGAUCAGCGCCAUCCACAUUCUCGACGUCCUUGUGCUGAAUGGCAGCGAUGUUCGGGAGCAGCACUUCAACCAACGAAUUCAGCUUGCUGAGAAAUUUGUGAAAGCUGUGUCCAAGCCCAGUCGCCCUGACAUGAAUCCUAUCAGGGUGAAGGAGGUCUACAGGCUGGAGGAGAUGGAGAAGAUUUUUGUCAGGUUGGAAAUGAAGAUCAUCAAGGGCUCCAGCGGCACGCCAAGGCUCAGCUACACAGGGCGGGACGACCGUCACUUUGUGCCCACAGGCCUCUACAUCGUCAGGACUGUGAACGAGCCAUGGACUAUGGCAUUUAGCAAAAGCUUCAAGAGGAAGUUCUUUUACAACAAGAAAACCCAGACAUCCACCUUCAGCCUCCCGGCAGACUCCAUUGCCCCGUUUCAUGUCUGUUACUAUGGCCGGCUCUUCUGGGAGUGGGGAGAUGGCAUCCGUGUGCACGACUCUCAGAAGCCGCAGGACCCAGACAAGCUGUCCAAGGAGGACGUCCUCUCCUUCAUCCAGAGGCACAGUGCCUGAGGCCUGGGAUCGCUGUGCGCUGGGCCCCUGCCGAGUGCUGGCACGGGGCCUGCGCCACUGGUACCUUCUUGACCUGGCCACAGGGAGGGUGGCCUCCUCCCCACACAUUCCCUGGGAACCGUUUCCCCACCAGGACUCAGCCUCAAGUGCUCCUGAGGGGUAACACACGGCAGAGCGGAAGGCUUGGGCUCUGCCUUCCCUCUGGAAUCCUGUAGACUCACUUUUCUGAGUUCCAUGCACUGCCCCUGAGGGUGGCCAGGCCCCUGCUUUGCCCAACUUACGUUGGGCCAACCCUGAGCGGGCAGAGGCCCGCUGUCGUGAGCUGGCCAGGAUAGCUGUUGUAUAAAUCAAGGUUUUGUCUCUUGCUGUUUUGAUGCUCAUUCGUCUCCUCUCCACUCCUCCUGGAGUCCUCCCCAGCCUGGACCUCUGAGAAUUCCUGCAGGCCGGGAAGGAGGCUUGAGGGCCCACAUUGGGAACCAGGUGUGUGGUCUUUGGUACUAGGUGUGGCUAGAACUCUCCCGGGCUCACCAGAUGCCAGGCAGCUCGCGGAGGGCAGGAGGCAGCCUUGAAGACCUGCCUUCUAUUCCCGCUGCAGCAGGGGCCCCACAAGUAAGCCCUCUGGCAAUCAUACGGCCUCUGCCCUGCUACCCUCAUCUUGGCCGAGUUCUGAGGUGGAGGUAGCUGCUUGCUAUCCUUUUCCUUGCCAUUAGGAGAUCCCGUCGGCCUGUUUGCCACGCGCCAGUCCAUCUCCUCUAGAGAGAGAGAGAAGCUGGGCAGCACUGCGGGGGGCGGGGGGGGCACCCGUGGUGGUUUGUCAUGGGAAAUGCCUCAGAGACAUAGUGUCAGCUCUCCAGGGCCCCAUCUGUGUCAGACUGGUUUCCAUGGAGAUAGGGCACUGAGGCUCCUGUGAGGUUGGAAUGGAUUCCACCUGGGGGUCCUCCAGCCAGUUCCCGCCCCCUGAGAUGCUCCAUUUCCACCCAGUUCUGGGUCUAUCAGUGUCUUGCAGAAUCUUGGAUUAUUAAAGAUAAACAUAUUUUUAA